CAAGAAUUGCCGAGCAACCGGGGAAGCUUUGUUAUGACAAAUUUCGGACUUAUUCGAUAUAAAACAAGAAAAUUGCUUCCGUUUAUGCGGGCGUUUGAGAAAAUAAAGCGUUAUUAAUAUUUUUCAGGAAUUCUGCAUAUCUACCAGUGAGAGAGAGAGAAUCAGAAUGAAUCCUCAACAUCAGAGGUCACUGUCUAGUGCUAACAUUGACAACAAGGCUUUCAGAGAGGCCAUCUGUAAGAUGAGGAAUGAUGUCCUGGAGAGUAAGGCUGAGACGCAGAGAGUACGAGAUCAGCUCAACUGUCUUGUUAUGCUUGUCAGGAGGGCUUGGACAGGUGAUCAAGCAGCAGUCGUUCAUGUUUCUAAUAUCGUUGGUUCCCCAAUACCAUCGUUCCUGAGGAGGAUGGACGAUGAUGAAGGGGAAGGAGAGUACAAGAAUGCUGCCAUCCACCACUGGGCUGUGCUGUCGAUUGGUCUGCUCAAUAGACAUUACCAGCAGCUAGAAGCAGAAGGCCUGGCUUAUGCCAAGGCUAGACUACAACACAGACAGGAGUACUUAGAUGAACAACUUCAGGCCCAUAGAGAGACAUUAAUGAGGGAGAAGAGAUUGCUUAAGAAAAGAAUCAUGUCUGCCAAUACCAAGCCAAGGUUUCCCGAACAGGUGUUUCACCCAGCUAGCAGUAGAGUGCAUCGAGAUGAUAGUCACAGAGGAAACACAGAGAUGACGGCUCACCCUGGGACAUUGGUAGAGUUCUUAUACCCAGGACAAAAGAUUGAUAAACAGCCUAAACAGAAUAGAUUGACCCAAAGGAGAUAUUCACAGCCUGGUCUAUAUGAUAGCAGUGGUGUGGUAGAGAAACCUAAGCGCCCAGUUAGUGCCAUUCAUCAACGUAAGACCGAUUCUCAGAGGGCAAAACCUCGAAGUGCGAGUGCAGUUAAAACUGUAACAGUUAAAGGAGACAGGCCACUCAAGUACGAGACAACUCGUCCAGUAUCUGCCAAGAUCACAAGCACAACUUUCCUGACUGACUCCUCCUCCAACCCAUCCUCAAACAUGAACAACAGUCUAGCCAGAAAGCCUCGUGCGAAGAGUGCCAAGGCAUACAUUGGUCUCAACUCAAGAGCCCUCCACAACAAUGAGCGCAGGUACCCCGCCCCUACACCCACUGGACAGGAAGAUGGUUACCAUGACAACCGUGAGCAUGCCGAAGACAUGGGUCAUGUGAGUCCUUUCAGGGAUGGAGUGACCAAUGACCUUAAGAAGAUUGAACUCAUGGAGGAAGACUUUAGAAAGACUGCUACCAUGUUGCAGCAGAGGCUUGGUAUUUCAAAUGGAGUUGUGUGAAGAUUGUUUGAUUGGUAUUGAAUGCUGAGGAAUAAGGGCUUCUCAUUUUAUCCCAAAGAUAUUGUGUUAUAUUUCUUUUACCAGAUCUGUUUAAGUAUUCAACUUUUUGAACAAAUCAUGUGAGUUUAUGUCUUUUAUAUCUUGGGGUUUGUCUUACAAAGAGAUGCGAUGGAUUCAAAUCAAACUCAAAGUUUGAUUUCAAGAGCUAAAUUUUGUGUAGCUAAGGAUGUGUUCAAUGUCGGUUUUCAAAUUUGAUCUGCAACAUGAAUCAUGAUGUGGAAGUGGUUCAUCGUGGUUCAGGAUUGAGUAGAAGAAAUAACCAG